CGAUGAAAUGGUUUCUGAAUAAAAGGUCAGCAGAUUUCCAUUAUACCAUAUAUUUAGCAAGCUUGCACGACCGAACUGCGCAUGUUCCCACGACUAGUGUUCACGAGACGUGUUGACGUGCGACAGUGAGUCACAAAGAGUGAGAAGGCCAGACAGUGUUCAGGCAAGACUUAGAUAAAUUUUUCAUUGUUGUAUUUGCAAAAGGAUGUGGCGAUAUUUCACCAUCCCCAACGCACGCACUUUUGAAUGAGGCAGUAGUCCAGGUUAUAUUAAUUAUACCAUGAUUUAAAACAUUUUUCAGCAUCCUCACGAGGCAAUGUAUUGUUCUUGCCUCCCACAGAAACAAGGGUCUCGCUCACAAGCAACGACAAUGAAUUUCUGGCUUGUUACAUUUACGUAUUGGUGGUUUAAAAUGCCACUAGUUGCCUAGCAAACAAACAAUUACGCCGUUCUUGGUGUGGGUGUGUGGUAAAACACUUUAUACUGAAGAAGCUGCACAUUAAGAAAAGUCAGAGACAGAACGUUAACUUGCGAUUAAAGAAGUAGACCGACUGUAUUCAACCGGGAGCGAAAAAGAUGCACUUGGUGACCUCAUCGUCUGGCCCGUGGAUUGGUGGACCUGCGCCAGAACAAAGACAAUCCCACGUGACUAGGCUUUCUGAGAAUGUUCCUGGAAAGAGGUGCGCUGCUUUCACGGGGAAAACGUGUCCAGUUAGGAGAUAGGCGAACUGGGCCAAUAGGAAUGGUCAGACCAGAAUUUAAGACACAAUUAAUUUUUACGCUGGAUACAUGCGUGAACUUAGUCAUUUUCUUUACAGAAGAAAUAUGUGACCCAGAAGAGUUACUUUUGCUUACAGGAAAAUGUGCCUCUUUGUAAUGGCUAGCUAGUUAGCCGUGAAUAAUUGCUUCCGCAGCUAUGAGCCAGACUAGAUAUACGACCCGUACCUCUUAGUUCCGUGCUAUACGUUUUAUAUUAGAAAUGUAUGAAUGCCCAGUUCUGGUGGCAAUCCUUCGACUCUGUUCGUAGCAACCAAAACGACUCGGUCGUUUGCUCUCACGACAAAUUUUGUGUGACUUAUUUGUUCAAUUUCGCCUUUAGGCUGUAGCCUAUUAUUUAGAUGGGGUGCACCUAGCUGUGUACAGAUCUGAAGAUGUAAGCACGAAAUAGGACAGAAACAAAGAAUUUUCUGUUACAUCGACAAUCCUAAUCUUUUCGGACACCUCAGCAAACCACUACCCCGGCUGCGAGGAGAAAGAGACUUUGGAUGGGGCAUAUGCAGUGUGUCUCACAAACACCGGAAAGUGACUCAGAGACUCCGGCGCUGCAGGUUUGGGGACGGGCGCCCGCCAGCUCCAGACGGAGCACUCCGGGGGCCUCGGGCGUCCCCAUGAUCCUUCCCAACCUCGUCCCGGGGAAGGCCCUCGCCCCCGUCCGGCUCAAGGACCAGGGUCCGGACCGGCCGAGGGCGGGGUCCGCGGAGGAUGCGCCGCAAGUGGAGAGGGCGCUGGCCCACCUCCAGGAGUCCGGCUGGUACUGGGGCCCCAUCACCGCCACAGAGGCCAAGCAGCUCCUGAGCGGGGCUGAGGAGGGCACCUUCCUGCUGCGGGACAGCUCGAACCCGGGCUACCUGCUCACGCUGUCGGUCCGGACCAGCCUGGGCCCCACCCACCUGCGCAUCGAGUCCAGCGGCGGGACCUUCGGGUUCGACUCGCUGGCCAUGGCCCGGCCACGCCUGCGCAGGUUCAGGGGCGCCGUGGAGCUGGUGGAGCACUACGCCCUCACCUGCAGCCGCCCCGCCCGGGGCGCGCCCAAACCCGCCGCGGGGGAGGCCCCCAAACCAGCCGCGGACGAGGGCCCCGAACCAGCCGCGAAGGAGGGCCCCAAACCCGCCGCGGAGGAGGGCCCCAAACCCACCGCGGAGGAGGGCCCCGAACGCUCCCUCCAGCUCAGGCUGGUCCGGCCCCUGCGCAGGGCGGCCCCCAGCCUGCAGCACCUCUGCCGCAUCGCCAUCAACCGCCACUCCCAGGCCCCCCGGGACCUGCCGUUGCCGGGGCGACUAAAGGCCUUCCUGCAGGAAUACCCCUUCUUACUGUAGAACGGACGCUGCUGCAUUCUGGGGGGAUCGGCUGCCCGCAGAGGCGUCCCCUUUUAUCGCAGUCGAGGACCGUUUCGUUCGGCUCGACGGCGAACCUUGCGGGCAGCCGCGCCAUUCGCGUGGUCUCCGCGGUCCCCUGCUGUCCUCCGAGCGUGUCCAUCAGUCGGGUCUUACUUCCUGUUCCUGUGGGCGGCGGACCGUCAGAUUGCUUCUGAGACUGCGAGAUAACAAGGACAUGAAAAAGACUCGUUCUUCAUGUUGAGUGAAGAAACCCUUUGUUGAAACCCUUUUUAUCACCUGUCGUUUUUUUUCUAAUAUGGUGCACUUUGAUUCAUUUAUACGAUGUGACUGUAAAGCAUAGUGCAUUGCCAUUGUACUACUUGUACUCAAAAAUCAAUGGCUGCCCACAUCCUAUUAUAAAAAAUAUGAAUUGACCAAAAAGCAGGAUUUUUGGAUAGAACCCAAAAAUCCAAAGGACAAAUUUAUAAGCAAAGCAAAGCGUUUGUUUGAUUAUUGGGCAUCUGCAUUAAUGAGGACAAGUCACUGCUGCUUUGUAAGGAAUACUAAAUUGUCCAAAAAGCCACAAGUGAAAUAUUUUGGAUUGUUACAUUUGAAUAAAUGUAAGAAUAAAUUUGAAAGAAGCAG